AAUGUGGUUAUACGAGACACUCACUCGCCUUAUCAACACCAGAGAAACAACUCUCUCCCUUCAUCUCUCCCUCCUUUUCAUCUCCCAUCACAUCCUACCUGCAGUGGGAAACAUCAGCCACACCAUGAGCAAAAAGAAACUGAGUUUCAAAUGGUUUGAGAGUCUCUCCAACCUGUCCUUCCGCCGCUCCUCCGACAAAUCAGACGCCAAGUCUUCCCACAAGCACCAUGGCGACCCCUUUCCAGACACACACCCUGUGGAGGCCACAACUGCAGCGGCGGAGACGACCGUGGACGACCUGAGCUUGAUGCGGCCCCGGACCGCCAGCUAUGCCCAGUCUAGCAAUAACUACACCCACAUCGGCACACUCCCCCGCCUGCUGCGGAAGAGGAAGGAGAAGAGUACCAAGAAGGUCAAAGAGAAGGAGAGGACCGAGUUGAAACGAAGCCAGAGCCAGAAGCCUGCAGGAGACCAUGUGACCCGGUCAAGGAACACGCAAGAGCAGGACCAGGCUGGACCGCAGCCGGAUCAUGCCCAGACCGACGCCCAGGCUCAGGCUCAGGCCCAGACCCAGGCCCAGGCCCAGGCCCUCAUACAGGACCAGACCCCUCUAGUCUGCCAAGACAAAAAACAGGCAAACUGUGGAGUCGAGCCCCAGUCAGAGAAGCUGGCGCUCUCUGGUGGAGAUGCUGGGGUAUUACAUACAGAUAUGAAAGAGCCAGCACAAUCGCCAUCCUCCUCAAAUACCCAGGGCUCCUUUUCCAGCAAGCCACCUCGGUACCCUGCCCUUCCCAGGAAGACACUUCAUCCACGGGGUGCUGAACCGAGAGACCAGGCCCUCCCCAGGACAGGGGCUGGUGACCUUGGCACAGAGACCAGCUCCAGACCCUUGUCUAAAGAGGCCGCCUCCGGUUGGCCAACUGUAGAGCAGGAUCCGGAGAGAGUCAUCGCAGAGGACCCUGAGAGGCAGACUACAGAGGCUGUGGGCAGUCACAUGGAGCCUACAGACUGCCCAGGGGAGUACGUAGAGUUCUCCAAGGAGAAGUACCUGCUGGAGUCUCCUCCUGAGAAGCUGCGUAAGGAGCUGGAGGAGGAGCUGAAGCUCAGUCCCUCUGACAUCAGGAGCCACGGCUGGUACCAUGGACACCUCCCCCCAGAGGUGUCAGAGACAUUGGUGGUGCGAAGCGGAGACUUCCUGGUCCGUGAUUCGCUUGUGAACGUGGGAGACUACGUCCUGACGUGUCGAUGGGAACACGAGACUCUGCACUUCAAGAUCACCAAGGUUCUGGUCAAGUCCAGUGAGACCAAGGUCCAGUAUCUGUUGGAGCGGGACAGCUUUGACUCCAUACCAGAGCUUAUCCGGUUCUACAUAGGCAACCGCCGGCCUGUGUCCCAGACUAGCCCCGCCCAGAUCUUCUGUCCAAUCAGCCGCACGCUUCCCCUGCGCUACCUGGAGGCCACCUUCGCACUGGCCAAUAGCAGGCAUGGGCCCGUUCACUCGCCAUCCAGUCCGAGGGGAGCGUACAUCAAAAGACGGAGUGUAACCAUGACGGACGGGCUGACCACAGAGAAGAUGAUUCCACACAGCCCUUCAACCAUCCACCACCACAAGGAUGCUAUGAGGAAUUGUGCCAUGAGCCUGGACCAGAUUCAGGAAUACCGCUGUGCCCUGUCUCCUAUAGGAGACGCCCCCCUCUCCCCCGCUUACAGCCACAUCACCAGACACAGGAGCCAGUCAGGUGGGCGUGUCUUGGCGGUGGUUCCUCCCUCCCCCAUCCUCCGGCGCUCCAGCGACCCCCAGCUAAGCCCCUCCUCCAACAACAACCUGCCCUGCCUCUCUGACCUGCCCCCCUCCACCUCCAGCUCCGCCCACUCCACCCCCGCCCACGCUCGCCCCCACCACCACGCCCACCAAUCGGAAGCCUGCGACAAGAGUGGCAGUUACUGCGACCUCCGGCCUAGCCCCGCCCCCGCGGUGGCGCCAAGCCCGCCGGCCAAGAGCUACGUGGAGCGCCUCAGGGUGGAGGAGGGGCGUGGCCAGGGCCAGGCGGGGGAGGAGGAGGGCGGGGUGGGGGGAUUCAGCACCCCCCAGAUGGAGAUGGCGUCAUGGUUCCGUCCGGGCCAGUACCAGUCGGCCAUGAUGCCUCUGGAGAACAAGCCGCUGGAGAUGGGUGUCCUGAAGAGGGUGAAGGAGCUGCUAGCUGAGGUGGAUGCCAGGACCACGGCCAAGCACAUCACCAUGGCUGACUGCACGGUGGCUAGGAUACUUGGCGUUACCAAGGAGAUGCAGAAGACUAUGGGAGUGGGGUCGGGACUGGAGCUCCUGACACUGCCACACGGACAUCAGCUGAGACUGGACCUGCUGGAGAGGUUCUACACCAUGUCCAUCAUGACAGCAGUGGACCUGCUGGGCUGCACUGGCAGCACUGAGGAGAGGGCUGCUCUGCUCCACAAGAUCAUCCAGCUGGCCGCCGAGCUGAAGAGCAGCCUGGGGAACAUGUUCGGCUUUGCUGCUGUGAUGAGAGCCCUGGAGCUGCCUCAGAUCUCUCGUCUGGAGCAGACCUGGAUGACGUUGCGUCAGAGACACACAGAGGGCGCCAUCCUCUAUGAGAAGAAACUCAAGCCCUUCAUGAAGAACAUGAACGAUGGCAAAGAGAGCCCAGCCCUGAACAGCACCUCCUUCCCCCACGUGGUGCCCCUGCUGUCCCUGCUGGAGAGGGGCGUGGCCACGCAGGGCGAGGGCCUGGAGCCCUGGGAGAGUGUGGAGGCGGGCGUGGACGUGGUCAUGUGUCACCUGGAAGCGGCUCGCACCAUCGCACACCACGGGGGGAUCUACCGGUCCAACGCUGAGGCCAAGCUUCAGGGCUUCCAGGAGCGGGGCGAGGUGCUGGAGAUCUUCCAGACAGAGUUCCAGAUGCGUCUCCUGUGGGGCAGCCGGGGCUCUGAGGGCAGCCAGGCCGAACGCUACGACAAGUUCGACAAAGUUCUCACCGCCCUCUCUCACAAGCUGGAGCCCCCCGUACGCCACAGCGAACUAUAGCACCUCACCACAACCCCACCCCCAUGCAGCACAGCACUCACAGUUGGUACGGGCCACCUUGGUGUUAUUGCUAUGGGUCUGGAAGAGUCCAGAGGGAUUGCAGGAGGGGAGCGGGAGGUGGAGGAGGCAGCUAACAGGACUGAGAGAGGACUGGAAUGGACGUUACACUGUAUAUUCCUAAACAGGCACCAAGCAAACAUUCAUAGUCCCCCUACACAGAGAAAUGGACAUUCCAGUUUGGAGCGAUGUAAUUCCUGUUGGGACCAUGUUGCCACGGUGACAUUUUUGAGCCUCUUGUGUUGCCGUAGGAUUCAGGUUUUAGCCGCUGUGAAUGUGUUUGGGUCUGAGAUGUUCUAGAACAUUCUAAUGACUUUGUGUGUGCGUUACUGUAUGUG